UAAAAUGACGACUCAGCUAAAAAUUCUCUUUUUCCGUGCCACAGCAGAGGAAAGCGCGGUGAACGACAGCUCCAUUUCGAGAUCUACCUAUUCGAAUCUCCGAUCGCCGAUCGCCGGAUCUCGUCCAUUUUUCAGUUACACAGAGAUGGGGCUGUCUUUCACCAAACUUUUUAGUCGCCUCUUUGCUAAGAAAGAAAUGCGUAUUCUUAUGGUUGGUCUCGAUGCUGCUGGUAAAACCACAAUUCUCUACAAGCUCAAGUUGGGGGAAAUUGUUACUACUAUACCUACAAUUGGCUUCAACGUGGAAACAGUUGAAUACAAGAACAUCAGCUUUACCGUGUGGGAUGUUGGGGGUCAGGACAAGAUUCGACCUCUAUGGAGGCAUUAUUUCCAGAACACUCAAGGCCUCAUCUUUGUGGUUGACAGCAAUGACAGAGACCGUGUUGUUGAGGCAAGGGACGAGCUUCAUAGGAUGUUGAAUGAGGAUGAACUAAGAGAGGCUGUGCUGCUUGUUUUUGCAAACAAACAAGAUCUUCCAAACGCAAUGAAUGCAGCUGAAAUCACCGACAAACUUGGACUUCAUUCUCUUCGACAGAGGCACUGGUAUAUCCAGAGUACAUGUGCCACUUCUGGAGAAGGGUUAUACGAGGGACUUGAUUGGCUAUCGAACAAUAUUUCAAACAAGGCUUAGAGCAUCAAUUAGAUUCUGCCCUCGCUUGUCGCUCGCUUACCUAUAUCUGGAGUAUAGAUGUUAAACACCGUUUGGUUAUUUUGGAUAGAAAGAAGAUCAAUUUCUGAAAAAUAUCCUGCAUUUCUUUCCCUUUUCAUGCUUUGGUUAGUUGCUACUUUGCUUGCAAUGUAAAACAUUAAUAUUGUUUUUUCGUAUCGUAGCCGGAGCUACUUUAACCCUUUUAAUUGUGUCUUCCCCGUCUCCAACACACUUCAUCUUCACCCUAGCUUCCGACCCUUGUAAUUUUGUAUAUAUAUCCAUGAAUAAAUUGAUGAUAUAAAGAAGCAUUGAUGAUA